AUGCGGUCGCACAUGUCUACUCAGGCUCUCCUCGACGAGCUGGCGGCCCGCGAGCGACGUGUGCUGGAACAGCUUCACGAGCUUUCCGGAAUCAACCAAUCUCCCAUCUCUCCUCAACAGACAUACGCAAGCGUGCAGGCAACACCGCGAGGUGCCCCAGCAUCCGUGCACAGCGCAGGUGCAUUUUCUUCGCCGCCGCCGCCGUGGCUGCCCGAGGACGCCUGCGAAGUGGAUGAGGCGAACUCCUGCGAUGUCCGCCUUCCUGAAGGAUCACGCGGCACCGUCGGCAACCUCGAACACGACCUGCAGCGCCUGCAGUACCUCCUGCGCCACAGCCCUCUCCGCGAAGCGGAACGACCAGUAGACUGGAAACACGUGAACGAGGCCGCUGUGUGGACGCCCGUGCUGCAGCGCAACGGCGGACCACUGCACGAUGCGAACACGGCAAAGGAUGCGGCAGCCGCACAUGAGAAACGCCUUCGCGGAUUACCGGGGGAUGCGCUCAGCGGUUCUCCGGUGACACCAGUUGUGAAGCGCGAUAGGCGGGAGACACCUGCGUACGCACCGCCGCCGCCCCUCACCGCUUUACCGGCCUACCACAAUAUCUCCUCCUCCUCUCCUGGCGUGAAUGCCGCGGAGGUGGAACAAGCGAUGCAGCUGGAGCGUGCCGCACCGCCACGACGAAGUGAGGUGCUCGACGUGACAGAUGAAGAGGACGGCACCUCCCCACGAAGGAACGCGACGAUGUUCGCCUCACGCUCGGGCCGCGAUCGCGGAGAGGCCCAUGGCGUGCAAUCCUAUUCGACAGCGUGCUGGCGGAACUCGCUAGCACACGCGGGCAACGCGCAGACGGGCGACAACGUCAGGUGGAACCGCUCGCCGGUGCGCUGGUUCGCACCUCCCGAAGGAAACCAGAAGUACCAAGGCCACACUGAACAGGCGAACGACAUUGGGCGCGUUUUGGGCACCUCGGCGUUGGACGCCUGGGACGCUCACCGUUCUCCGGAGCGGCAUGCUGGCGGCGUGGAGGCGGCGGCGGAGCAGCCACCAUUCCCCCCUUCUGAGAACAAGCUGCGCACCCCGCCGCCGAUAUUUGCUUCGUUGAGUGAAACCGCACCUGCAGAGGAGACCCGGCUGGGUGCGUUCUCCAGUGCGAGUCCGCCACCCCGCCUCCCCGGGACGCCGUCGCCUUUGCCGAAAUGCGCCGCCGCAAGGACGGCCGUCACAGCUGCACCGACGCCAUCCCGAGAAGGUGAAAUGGACUUUUCAACUGUUGCAAACGUGGCCGUGCCUCGCGUUGCUGAGACGCCGCAGCCGACCACCAAAACGCGCGGCGUUCUACGUGAGGCGGCAGGAGAGUCCUUCGCGGAUGCCCCUACAAGGCGAGCAGCGUCUGCGCUUCCGCGCGGCGUCACUCACACCACCUCGUGGCGUGGAUUACGAGCGUUCUUUGCUCGACAGUUCCGUGUGUCCGCCCUGCUCACGCCAGACGUAUUGAGUGUGGAAGAUGGGUCACACAGAUUUGUAUAA